UCAGCCUACAGAGCGAUUUAGGCGAUAUCGUCGCUUUAAUGUCGGCGACUUCGCCGAAUUCUCGCUUCAAAGCGAAGUUCAAAUCGCCGAAUUUUCAGACUGUUGUUCUACGCCGCCAUUUUGUAUUGAAAUUGUAACCCUUGAAAUACACACAGCGAAAUACACUAGAUGUAAAUUAUCGAUAAAUCCAAGUUUAACUCCGCCUCCUCGCCUGUCAAACUUCAGCCAAUCGUAGCGUUACUACAUACCACAGUAGUUUAUCAAUAGACAUACAGCAACGACACGCAUAAUUAGGAAUGGUGUGAAUAAACAAUAUAAUCAGUCGGCGAUUGUGGGGCAAAUUGGUUCUUAUUAUGCAAUUAAAGGACAAUGCUGCAACUGGCGGCUCGUUUGAGCAGAGAGGUGUUAAGGCACAGUGGUCCAGCGGAUCACUUUACUCUUAUACGACUGUGAAAAACUUUGUUUGCGGGACAAAACAUGCAAAAUGCCGCAUUUUUCGCAGCACAGAAACAUCUUGAUGCAGUGGCAAGAUCAACGCUCAAAUCACAACAGCCAUUACAGCGUGUAAUAGCAGACCAGCUACACAAGGACGAUGCACUGGGCAUCAGGCUGCUCCAGACAGCCUACCACAUUGGCAAGAGAGAACUGCCUAAAGAAGAAUUUCGCCAUCAUCUGGAAUAUGCUUCUUCAGUUGGUGCGGACUUUGGUUCUUUAUUAACAGAGAAUGCUAAAGUAACCUACUGUAGCAAUAGAAGUGUGUCUGAACUACAGUGUGCUAUAAGUGAAGUAAUUCUUGAGGACAAACUUCGUAACAUUAACAGAUCUGGUGUCUUUUCUCUUGUUCUGGACGAGAGUACAGACAAUGCAAAUAAAAAACGUGUGCUACUCUAUUCUCAAUGUGUAUCUGAAGACGGGCUUGAGUACUGUCUACUGUCAAACAAACAAAUCAAGGAUGGUUCUGCCAAUGCUAUAAACAUUGUCAACCUUGUGGUCAGUGAACUCAAAGAGAAGAAAAUUGACAUAUCAAAAAUGGUAGGGGUUAGUACAGAUGGUGCCAGUGUGAUGACUGGUAAAACAGGUGGUGUCGUACAGCGACUACAUGAGUACUUGCCAAACAUUGUUGGAAUCCAUUGUGUUGCUCACCGUACUGCAUUGGCUACAUCACAGGCUGCCAGGGACAUACCCGACAUGUGUAGUUAUUCAAGAACAAUGUGUAAUGUGUUCCGCUAUUUCCACAACUCUGCAUUGAGAAGCAACAGACUUCGUGAAAUACAGAACAUUCUGAAACUUCCAGAAUUAAGAUUCACAGAGCUUAACUCAGUGAGAUGGUUAAGUAUGGAGACUGCUGUUAAAGCCAUGUACAGAAGUUACCCAGCCCUAGUAAUGUGUUUGGAAAGAGACGCAGUCACAGACUCAACAGCCAAGGGACUGUUCAAUGAAGUGACCCAGUACAAAUUUGUUGCUCUCACACAUCUUAUGAUGGAUGUACUACCAUUCAUGGGGAGACUAUCAAAAAACUUCCAGUAUGAUACAAUUGACUUUACCAAAGUUCAGCCAUUAGUUCAAAGUACAUGUGACAGUAUGAAGGACUUAAGUGAAGUGCCAGGUGUAUUCAUGACCAAACUGGAUGAGUUUGUCACUAAAGAUGGUGACAAAGUUGUGUAUCAGAGACCUCUCAGUGAGUCUAAUAGUGAUGUUGUGAAAAAGGGUGUCACGCACAACUAUGAGUUUGACGGAUUUAGUGAGAGUGAUGUGGAGGACAGUGACACUGACAAUGAAGAUGAUGAGUCUGUUGGAUUCUUGCCUGAACUUAAGUACUAUACACAGCAAAAGGGAAGUGUGAUAUCAACAUGCAACAGAUAUGUCAACAAGCUAGUUGAAAAUCUUGAAAAUAGAUUUCAAGACAGUGAAGUGUUGUCUGCUAUGAGUGUUGUUGUGCCUGAAAAUAUAUGUAAGUCAGAUUCAGUGGCCAAGUAUGGCAAUGAUCAGUUUAAGGUUCUGGUGAAACAGUUUGCUCAAAAUCUGGAUAGUGAAGAGAAAUGUGUAAGUGAGUACAGGCAGUACAAAUGUCUUGUAAAUGGUUCAUACAAAUCUGCUUCAUUGUUGGAUAUUACCACCACAUUCAUGAAGAAAUAUGCGGAUGAUUUCCCCAACAUGGUCACCAUUCUGAAAUGUUGUAGUGUGUUACCCAUGAGUAGUGUGAAAUGUGAGCGUGGAUUUUCCACCCAGAAUAGAAUUAUGUCUAGACUCAGGAACCGACUAAACAACCAAGCAUUAGAUGAUCAAAUGCGUAUUUCUGAGGAUGGACCCAGUGUAGGUGACUUUGAUUUUAAGAAGGCACUUGAAAAGUGGAAAGCAGUAAAAGUCAGAAAGUUGUAUAGAAAAUAG